AGUGCUGAGACAUGUUAAUCAAUUAACUUAAACAAUAAUAUUGAUUGACGUGGAUAGCAAUCAUCUGCAAAAGUUCACAAUUGAUGUCCUGCCAAACUCAUAACAACAUGUACGGAGGUGGUGAAAGUAAAUUCCUAUUGUUACUGGUUUUAAGCUGGACUCAUACAGUCCAAGCGACCUGUCCAGAUUACAAUGGAGAAACACCGAUUGCCAGAGAGCAUAUAUCUGACGGCACACGGACAGGAGUACAUGUUGGGAAUCCGAUAACUUGUGACGGGUUUGUAACAGGUUGGCGGUUCUUUCCGACCAGGGCUGUAGAGUUUAUCGCUCUGGUGAUGCGCCCGUACGCCGCUGCUGACAACCAAUACGCUGUAGUUGGACGGACCAUAAUACCAGCGCAACAAGUAUUGAAUCAGAUUCGCGAGUUUACGCUGCAGGAAUCGGAUUGGAUUCCAGUGCGAAGUGGCGACAGUAUCGGAAUCAAGUUCGAUGUAUCUCCGAUACCGUACGGUAAUAGCGAUACUCCGUUUUUAUUUACUACAUCGAUUAGUAAACAUGAAUUGUUACUUGGAACUGUUCACAACAUUGAUGAGUUAUACAUGGAAACGUAUUCAUUCCAGGCUGUGUUAAAAGAUUCGUAUUUACCAUGUCACGUUAUCAGCUGGCCACUUAUGAAGACGACGACUCUUGUUGCAUAUCUAUCGAAAAUUUGGAUGGAUGAUUGGAACAAGAUUAAGUGUCCUGGUACGAUCACUGGAUGGCGGUUUAUGGCAGGUGGACCUGGAGACAUCAUCGCUUUAGUUUACAGAGCGGUGGACGCCGACAAUAACAUUUACGAAGUCGUUGGUAAAACAAUGAUUCCGUCACCAGUAGAGCGCGAUGUAGUUACAGAAUUCAAGCUAUCAUAUUCUCAGCAAAUAAGCGUAGUACCUGGAGAUAAAAUCGGCCUGACCUACACAGACUCUGCGUUGUACGUACUUAGGGUGUACUCUAAGGGGGCAUCGAUUUAUAAACAUGCAGUCAAGCCCGAUCAAAUUGAGAUUGGGACUGAAAUUACCUUUACAAGUUAUAAUACCCGUCGGUUCAUGUUUGACGCGGUUUUAGAUGUUGAAAAACCGAAUGAUCUACACCGGUCCACAGUGAUUGCAAACGAUCACAAACUACAAAAUAAUAAUAUUGAAAGUACGACGAGCAAAAGUAUGGGGACCUGUGUCAUUAAAUGCGUUGAGAACGAACAAUGUAAGUCAGUCAACUACAACCAGAAUCACAUGACAUGCGAACUUAAUGACGCAACAAGGGAAGAGGAUAAUGGAAACUUUGUAGCAGAGGAUGGCGAACGGUACAUAGAAAUGAGUCGUUCAAUAACGGUAAUCUUACUUCGAGAGCUACCAAUACCACUACUGCAACAAUAG